AUGAAAAAAGGCUUUGAUAAGAAGCACAGUCAAAAAGGAGCCAUUAGUUCGACACUCAACGAUGUGACUGAUGACUUGGAUAACAUAAACACAUUCACAGAAAUAUUUUAUGGGCAACGAUCGACAGCGACGUUGUCUGGUCAAAAUGUUGAAAUAACACGGAUAAGUAAUAGGAAUUGGACAGCCGAGGAGAUUCAAAAAUACUUUACACUUCAGUCCGAAGCGCGAUUUAAAGGAAUGAAAUAUUUAGAACAACCGAUUGGGUUGUAUCAGAUGACAAGUGCUGAUGAAGAAUUGUAUUGGGGUGUUGUCUCUCAAAUCACUGAGUGCACGCUCUUCAAAUACAUAUUUGAGCGUAAGAAUACCAUGUGGAAAAAUCAAAAACUCACUUUAACAGACAAAUUUGAAUUGGCGUUGAAUUGCACGGAGGCAGUGACAUCCCUCCAUCGACUUAAUCAGAUCCACGGUACUCUCGGCAUCGACUGCUUUUACUUGGACGACCACAAAUGCGUCACUUUAGAACACUUCGGGUUGCCACCCAAGUUCUAUAGAAAGUGUCAACUCUCGCCAACUCCUUCAUACGAGUCAGAUAUAUUACAAUUGGGGGUGGUCAUAUACCAGAUAUUCACUGAAGAAUACAUCGACAUCGACACUGCAAAGUCAUUACCAACACUUCCUCGCCAACAAGAGGAGAUUGCGCUCAGUGAAGCGCGCGAGGACGAAGUCGAGAAGGUGAAAGAAGAACUUAAAAAUGAUGACCAAUUGCAAAACCUCAAAAAGACGGUGCCGUUCUUAUUGGAGAAAUUACUUGCGGACGCUUGGAACAGUGACCCAUUCCAACGCCCGACUGCGGAGGAGUUUUUGAUUCGAAUGGUCGAUUCCUCACUAGUGAGUGAAUGUGGUGGGUUCUGGGGUGCAGACUUCUGGGUGUAUGCGUUGAAUGAGAAUGGGGUUAUACCAGAGAAGACGAUGCCCUUUGAUACAUUUGCGAGUAAAGUAGCGGCGUCGUCUGCUAUUCCAAUUGCGGAUAUCAAAGAGACUGAAAAACUCCUUGGAAGUGGAGGACAAAUCACAACGACAGAAUUUGGAAGAGCAGUCUUCAUCUUCGACGACUUCUAUAUGAACAGCGAGAAGAUGCAAGACAUCGUGAAUUUGUGUAAGGACGGGUGCUUGAUGUUUGUCGACUCGAAAGAAGCACAAGCGAAACUGAACGGAUGCACCGAUGGAGUCUUCUUAAUUCGACCGAGUAAGACGGACCCGAAUGCGCCAUUCACGUUGUCGAAAAGAACGGAUGGGAAGACUGUUCAUACAAGAAUAUCGAAGAAGGAAGGGUUGUUUGUGAUUGAGACGAAAGCACAUGAAUACAAAAACAUGUUAUUGAUGGCGUUGAUUGAAGACUUGAAGACAAAUAAAGUCAUCACAACCUCCGUCGAUGGAGGAGACUCAAUUUACUAA